AGCCUAUAGGUAUGAGCUGGAGGACUUAUGGAUACUUGUUGAAAGUGUCUGUCAUGCAGGGAGCACAGGCACAUGAACUGCAGGGGCAGGGGAACCCUGUCAUCGGCACAUAGCCUUCUUUGAUCAUGAAAGAAGGCAUUCUCAGGUGAUGUCCGGACAACUUGUUCUGACAUUCAAAUGCUAAUCUGCAAUGUGCCUUGGUUGUGUAGGUCAGGUGUUUUGUUUUUGUUUAUAGAAAAAAGAACAUGCAUUUCUCAGGAGCCAGAAGCUGGAUCAAAGGCCUGUUAUCAGUUGCAAUAAAUGCUGUUAAAACUUAUUGCUGAAGCAGAAGAAUGGGAUCUACUGAGACACCAAGUUCCUGGAAAGAUUGUUCUAUCAUAGGCAACAGCAGAUAGCCAAAAAUAACCCAGGCAACUGAUAAAAAACUGACAAUAUCCAGAUUGUCACAUUUACUUGCCCUUUGCCGUUCUGGCAGGUUAUGUUCUGAUUAGUAUGCUUAAACAUAUGUAGAAAGGUCAGGUAAAGGACAAGCAUAAGAUGGUCAAUGGCUGGUUUGCAGGUGAUGGGUAGAUCUGUGAUGUAAAAUCAUCGGAAAGUUGCAACAUACUGACCUAUGACUCUAGAACAGACCUAGAACAAAAAAAUAGUAUCUAUCCCAUGCUACGUCCAGAACACAAGUUACCAGCUGUUUUGUUUUUCUAGUGUAGCAAGACCCCUGCCACCAUCACUAUCAUAUCCCAGACUGUGAAGCCCAAAUAGGGUCCUAACUGGGUAGCAAAGUGUGAAUGCAUGAAACAGAAUCACUAUAUUGUGGCUAUAAAUUUUUGAGAAUCACUAUAACGUCUAAUCUUUUAGGAGAGUUACAUUUAGUGGAGAUUACACUUCAUACUUCAGUUUUUACUCAUUGAUGAAACUCGUUGCUUUUGUUGAAAGGAAACUGACGGCACAAGGGAUAGAAAAAGGAUGGGAAAAAAAUAUUGUUACUACAGUUUAUACUUGGGGAAAAAGGGUAAUUGCCAUCUAGGUUUUACUCAGAGUAGACCCAUUUAAAUGAAUUGACCUAAAUUAUCCAUGUCAGUUAAUUUCAGUGGGUCUACUCUGAGUAUGACUAAUAUUGGCCACAACACAUAAUUUUUUUUGGGUUUUUUUAGUGGUGGUUUGUAAAUGGACUGAUAAAACACUGCACAAAUAAAUAAUGAAGUUAUGUGUAUCACAUCAAAAUUGCUUUUGCAGCAGUGUUUUAACAAUAUCAACUUGUGGAAUUGACACAUACAAUAGUAAGUGGGCUACAACUCUACUCUCUUGCAAGUCUGAUCUGAAACAUUCUUAAUUAUUUGAACUCAACUUCCCCAAAUUCAGUGUGGGUAUACAUGCAGCUAAGGCAAUGACUAGGGACCACCAUUCCUGCUAGCCAACUCUAAUGGAUGACAGCACCCUAGCUCCAAGCAUUGAAUCAGUGCUAUUCAUCAAUGUUUAAAAGGGAAAAAAUAGCAGGAUAGAAGUCAUUUGAAGCGGAUGUCAAGUGGACGAUGCUACUUAAGUGGGAAUGUAAAUAGCAUCAAAUACACAUUCAACUCAACUGCAGACAUCCCCCAUUUAUGCUGAAAGAUCCUUAGGAUAAAUAAAACCAGUCCUUGACUCGCUGAUAUUAUGUGCAGGUUAGGAUAGGAACCAAAAACUCUGACUCAGCCCCACUGGGUUACACUUUGAAAUUCAUGACCUUGUUUCGGAUUAGGAUUUAACGUAGUAAAUUUCAAACAUUUGCACAUACUAAAUACUGGAAUUGUAAAGGUAGUAAUAUCUAAGCAACUUGCUGAACUCUGUGGGACAGGCUCAUCAGAGCUCGUCUAAAACCCGGGGCGGGAGUCCUUGGUUGUCUGGGAGGAACAAGGUGUUAUUGGCAUGACAGCGUCAGUCUGGCAGGCCCAGGGCAAGUGUACCAGGCUGCCCCACUGCUUUGUAGACCACCUUAUUCUUUGAAUUUGCUUAAGAAUUGCCACCUCAGAAAUUCAUUCCAUCUUCGUAAGGGUCUCCUCAAUUAUACUCAGAAAUGUAGGCAUUAUCCAUGUCACAAAGAAGUUCUGGCACAUCCCUCAUUGCACAUAGUUAGAAAAGGUCAAUUUGGGCCAUUUUAACACCCAAGUUAGGAAGAAUAAUGCCGCCUAUUCUUUGUUGCCAAGUUGGCCCCUGGUGUUUGGAACCAACCACUACUUUCCAUGUGAUGAUAGCUAUGAUGAAUUGACCUUUCCUUAUUGACAAAAGUCAUAGGUUCCCUUGACAAUAGAGGUAUUACAUUUGGUCAACCAGGCUUGAAAAUUGAGGACAGAAUUAUAGUAUAAAUACAGCAGGUAAAACUGCUCAUUCUUCACCUUGGUGACUUCACUCCUGAAAGACACCACCCCAAAGCCAAGAUGCAUCUCCAGGUUGUGACCACUGCUCUUCUUGUCUUUCUCCUUUGUCCAGAUGGGAGCAUCUCGGCCCCUCAGCUUCUUGGUGGUUUAUUAGGCGGCGGUGGUAGCAGACGUGGUGGUGGUGGUUUACUAGGCGGCCUUACUGAGGGACUUACUGGCGGAACUGGUGGUGGUGGUUUACUAGGCGGCCUUACUGAGGGACUUACUGGCGGAAAUGGUGGUGGUUUACUAGGCGGCCUUACUGAGGGACUUACUGGCGGAACUGAUGGCGGUUUACUGGGCAACCUUCUUGGAGGUAGUGGCCUGCCAGUGUCUAACUUGCCUGUCCCAACUGACGUACUUAGUGGCCUGCCAGUGUCUGGCCUGCCUGUACUUUCUAGGAAGAAGAGAUCUCCAGUUCUGGGUGGAGCAACUAGCCUUCUGGGUGGAAAAGUUGACAGUCUUGGUGUGUCUGGUUUAGUGGACAACCUUGGUUUGGGAGACACGUUGAAAAGCCUUGAUCUGCAAGAGAAGUUGCAAAAACUUGCUCUGCCAGAGAAACUGCAAGUUGUAGAUCAAUUGUUGAAAGAUCCUCAGGUGCAUUCGACACUGGAACGUUCUGAUGCGAAUGGAGCCUUGGCAGGUUUGCAAGGUCUAUUGAGCGGUCUUGAUUUGUCCAAAGUACUGGGCAGAAAGAAGAGAUCUCCACUUCUGGGUGGAGCAACUAGUAGUCUUGGUGUGUCUGGUUUAGUGGACAAACUUGGUUUGGGAGACACGUUGAAAAAACUUGCUCUGCCAGAGAAACUGCAAGUUGUAGAUCAAUUGUUGAAAGAUCCUCAGGUGCAUUCGACACUGGAACGUGCUGAUGCGAAUGGAGACUUGGCAGGUUUGCAAGGUCUAUUGAGCGGUCUUGAUUUGUCCAAAGUACUGGGCGUGAGUAUUGUGGAACUUUUAUGUAUUUAUUAUAUAAUCUAUAUUGAGAAGGUGGGAGGGAGGCAAGGAGGAAGCUCUUUUCUGCCUCAGAAUAUGAUCCCAGCCAGAGAAGAAUAUGAUAAGCAAUUGAUUCUUCUGUUCUAAGCAGCCUAUUGUAGAAGGAACCCUUUGCAGCUGAAUUAUCUCUUCUUUCUGUAGUAGUGUUGGAUUCAUGGUGUGUAUUAGAUCUUGAAGAGUUUGGUACUAAAGCAACAGAGUUGCUCAGUUUCCCUCAGAGUUUCAGGUGUCUCUUUGGAUCUUAAUAUGUAGCAUAUGGAAAUAUAAGGAAAUGCUGCCUAUUGGUAAAAG